AUGUCGCACCACGCUGGUCGAACUUCUCCCACUGAACAACUGAAAAGUUUGGAUGGUCGAUCUACAAUAUCAACGACCUCAAUAAAGGAAAAACCACCUGGCCUGAACCGUGCCUUGCAGAACCUGCUGAUUGCCCCGCAGUCUAAGAGUGCGGGCGGGACAACCUAUUCGCCCAGAGCAGGCGGAACCCGCAGUCCAGUUGAGCCACUGGUAUCAUCGCCUUUGCGCAUCAGUUAUUCAGAUAUGGCAUCCGCUCCAAGUUCGCCGGAGAGGCAUGCCGCAGCUCGCGAGGUUUUCCCUCGUAGAUCAUCCGACCAGGUUGUUGACACUGUCCGCUCGACUACGGGUCGCCUCAGUACUGAUGAUGAUGAUGCGAAAUCUGAUGUCACUACUACUUCCCUAGAGCAGCCACACGCCAAAAAGCGAUUUUUGCAGGCUAGAGAUAGGUCUCAAAGCCGCAAGGGUGUGGCUGCCAUAAUGUCUGGCCGUCUCUUCCCGAGAAGCUUUUCCCGUGGCAGAGACAGAGCCUCAUCACAAGGACCUUCCCAGCGUGGAGCGUCUCUUGACUCCCGUUCUGCUUCUUCGCCGGAGCGGGGUCGCCCCAGUCUCCCUAGUAGUCAUUCUGUUCACGUUGAAACCUUAACUCCCACCUCUGUUGGUUCAGGGAAGGGGAAAUCACUGAACAUGCACGAUGCAUUCAACAAGUCAGACGAAGCAUUGGCUAGGCCCCAUGGAAGUGGAAGCCUCCCUGAUUAUAUCAAACCCGCUGUGGAGGAGGGAGGGGAGCGAAUAGCCAAGGAUGUUUUCGAUCGUGACAAGAACAUGAUUGAAAGCAGUGAAGAUGAAGCCAACGACACUUCGAGCGAUGAAGACAGCACUCUGGAGGGUGUACGAGGCCGUAAGAAAAAGAAGGACUCGGAUAUCACAUCCAUAACACCAAGCGACUUUGAGAAACCCAAGAGUGACGAUUCCAAGCAGUCCGAAGAACGAAAAGUUUCCGGAGUUCCAAGUGAACGACAGGAGAAGAAACCGCGAAAAUCUGCUUUGAAAGCUGUGGUCCAUCCACAGACCAGUUUCGACAUCCCCACCCCACGUGUUCAGUCCAUCGCCGGCACACCUUACGGCUCAGAGGAUGAAGCCGAGAUUGGUGACAUUCAUCGUGCCCAGAAGCUCAGUAUUUCCAUGUCCGCUAUUGAUAACGGUGUUUACAACCGAUCCAUCCGAACAAUUGUCCGCGGGGACUUCUUAGGUCCGCAGGAUCAAGGCGAUGGUAGCCGUCGUCGCCGUCGAAAAUACUUAAUCGCAACUGACUUGAGUGAAGAGUCGGUAUAUGCCCUCGAGUGGACUAUCGGGACGGUUCUGAGAGAUGGCGACACGAUUUUCGCCAUCUACGCCAUGCACGAGGACUCCACUACUGCGGCAGCGGUGCAGGUCGGCGAGGGAGCUAGAGUGAUGAAAGAUACAACUGCUGUCGUUGGCACCCAGACGAAAGAAGCCAACCAGAAUUAUGGAUCCCGUACAAUCCUUGGUCGACUUGGCCCUGGUACUGCCAGCAAGACACAUUCUGUUGAUUCCCGAGCAUCGUCAAUCGCCGAGGCAGAACGAGUGAGGGCAGUUGAGACUGUAUCUCAGACUUGUGUGAAGUUGCUACGGAAAACGCUCUUACAGGUCCGUAUUGCUGUGGAAGUGAUCCACUGCAAGAAUCCAAAGUCUAUGAUUACUGAAGCUAUUGAUGAACUUGAACCUACACUCGUUAUUGUUGGUGCUCGAGGUCAAAGUGCACUGAAGGGUGUCCUUCUCGGCUCAUUCUCCAACUAUCUUCUGUCCAAUUCCUCUGUGCCAGUAAUGGUUGCACGCCGAAAGCUCAAGAGGCACACGUGGAAAGACAAGCUCAAGGGCACUGCACAUGUGCGCCUAUCCAAUAAUCUAAUUACUCCGAAGAGUCUUUCUCAAGCCAAAGUGGAUUGA